AUGCUCAAGACUUUUGUCAGCAGAACCUUUGCCACCUCCCCAGCAAUCACAAACAAAAUGGCAGUUCCUCUGUUGCUCCCAGCCCAAAUCUUCAAUCACAAGAACUGGCUCAAAGAUCUCGAGCACAAAAAGUACCCAGCAAAGCAGCAUGUAUUGAACGUCAAACAACAUUUCCUCAAGAAAUCCAGCAAUUUCAAUCCUAACGAGGUGUUCUUCUUUAUUAGCGGUGAGCAUCUCACAUUGUACCCUUACUGUGACCAAUCUCCUCCAUUCAGACAAAACCGAUACUUUUAUUACUUGACCGGGGUCAACAUCCCAGGGUCUCACGUACUUUUCAACCUCAAAGAUGAGAAAACAACCUUGUUUUUACCAGACAUUGAUAACGAUGAUGUGAUGUGGAGCGGUAUGCCAAUGGGUCUUAAAGAAGCCCAAGAGACUUUUGACGUUGAUGAAGUGAAAUAUUCCAAAGACUUGGAAGAUAUUCUCCAUAAUAUCGCAACAUUUGGCAAUAAUACGAUCUUGACCACCGAUUUGAACGCCGCCAACAACAACUACACCCAAUACUUGAUGCCUGGUAACCAGGAUUUUUUUUACGCUUUAGAUGAAUCGAGAUUGAUCAAAGAUGAAUACGAAUUAGCAUUGAUGAGACACGCUGCCCAAAUCACCGAUAAUUCCCAUUUGGCAACCAUGAGUGCGGUACCAAUUGAAGAAAAUGAAGGGCACAUUCAUGCGGAAUUUGUGUAUCAUUCGAUUCGUCAAGGGUCGAAGAGCCAAAGUUACGAUCCAAUUUGUUGCUCGGGUCCAAAUUGUGGGACGUUGCACUAUAUCAAGAAUGAUGAAACCAUUGGCAAUAGAGAAAGCAUUUUGAUCGAUGCGGGGGCAGAAUGGAGCUGUUAUGCGAGUGAUGUCACCAGAUGCUGGCCAGUCAAUGGUAAAUGGUCUGCUGAACAUUUGGAAAUUUACAAUAUUGUUCUUGAAAUGCAGGCAGAAACCAUGAAACUUAUCAAGCCAGGACAAAGUUGGGAAGAAUUACAUUUAUUGGCACACAAGAUCAUGAUCAAAAGAUUCCUAGGGUUGGGGAUUUUUGAAAAUGGUACCGAAGAAGAGAUUUAUGCCAGUGGGAUUUCCGGAUCAUUUUUCCCACAUGGGUUGGGUCAUUUAUUGGGUAUGGAUACUCAUGACGUUGGUGGAUACGCCAAUUAUGACGAUCCAAAUCCAUUACUCAAGUAUUUGAGAUUGCGUCGUCCAUUGAAAGCUGGAAUGGUGGUCACUGAUGAACCAGGGGUUUACUUCUCGCCAUUUUUAAUUGAGGAUGGACUUAAGGACCCAAAGAAGGCCAAGUUUGUCAACCAAGAAGUAUUGGAGAAGUAUUGGAAGAUUGGAGGAGUGAGAAUUGAAGAUGAUAUUAUUAUCACCAACGAUGGAUACGAUAACAUGACCCAAAUAACCAAAGACCCGCAAGAAAUUUCCAAAAUUGUCAUGGGUGGGAUUCAAAAAGGUCGUUCGUAUUUCCAUGUUAUUGUCUAA